UGGGGGGCCGGGCCGCUGCCGCCCCGUCGUUGGGGAGGCAGUGCGGGGCAGCAGGGAAAGAGUUAAGGGAAGGUGGCGGGGCAGGCCGGCUGUCGGAAGCGAGCAUGUGCAGAUUGCAACCGCAUCCAUACUACGGGCGAGUGUCACUGGCACGCUUCACCUCCCGCCGCCGGCCGCAGGGCACCCAUGGACCCCGGUGAGGCGAUGAGCCGCGGUUCGGCCGGGAGGGCGAAGGGGGGGGAACACGACGACGGCCGAGCCGCGGCACCGGCACCUGCCCGCGGCCCAUCGCCGCCGCGCCCGCCCCGCCGGAAGGCUCUCUGGUUGGUGUAUUAGCUGUUGGUCGCAAGCACCUGAUCCGAAAACUGCUGGUGUCUGAAACAGUGUGGACCUGCUGGAGGCAACCUGGUGGACCUGCGGAUGCUGUGAACGAGGAGCUGACCAAAAAGCAGGAGAGCUCCAGGAUUCCUCCCCAGAAAAGAGUGCCUGCCGGGGUGUGUGCAGAAGAAUGGCUGCGGCAGAACCUCUGACUGCUUUCUCCCGGUGGUACCUCUACGCCAUUCACGGCUAUUUCUGUGAGGUGAUGUUCACAGCUGCCUGGGAGUUUGUGGUCAACUUUAACUGGAAGUUUCCAGGUGUUACCAGUGUGUGGGCACUCUUCAUCUAUGGCACCUCCAUCCUCAUUGUGGAGAAGAUGUAUUUGUAUCUCAAAGACAAGUGUAACAUUAUAGUGCGCUGCUUCAUUUACACACUUUGGACAUACCUCUGGGAGUUCACCACCGGCCUCAUCCUACGCCAGUUCAAUGCCUGCCCAUGGGACUAUUCCCAGUUCGAUUUUGACUUCAUGGGCCUGAUCACCCUGGAGUAUGCCAUCCCAUGGUUUUGUGCUUCUUUCAUCAUGGAGCAGCUGGUGAUCAGAAACACCCUGCGCUUACGAUUUGAUGAGACUGCCGAGCCGGGGGCCCCCACUGUCCCCGUUGCCUUGGCCAACGGCCAUGUGAAGACUGAUUGAGCAGUGAGUGACUCAGAACCUCGCUUAGCAAUCUGAGAGAGCCCAGACCUCUGCCAAGGACUGUCAGUUCUGGCUCUCAGGUACUGCUCCUUGCUGUAUGAUAAGAUUCAUAAACCCCAUUUUUCUAAUGGGGGUGUGCAUGGGAUAUACCAGAAAAAAGUGGAACCAAUAGAUUUUCUAUGGAUUUUACUCUUUGGGCUCUAAGGACCAAUAUCAGUUACUUGUUAGUUAGGUCAUUUCUGAUUUUAACUUAUUACAGAUGAAAGCAGUCCUUUUGCUUACACUUUUAUGUGGAGAAAGAAGAAAAAGAAAUGCUACGGUGGAAAUGCAUAUAAAAAGAGAAAAAACUAAAUAGUGGAUGGGCAUGGACACGCCAGCUAAGUUAGUGAUUGGCUUAUUCCAUUAGGCAAUAUUCAGGUGCUUGCUUGCAACCAAUACCUCCCAUGGGACCUGAGAUGCUGCAGGAACAAGGAAAAUCCAUCUGCUGUUGAGAAGAACCUAAAGACUGGCAAUCUGCUGGGGAGGUAGAUGGUGUUUCCCCUUCGAGGUCCCAUUGGCCUCUCCCCAGGUUCUUUGUUGCACCACGAAAUAAUCUGGUGCUGGACAUCUUGCUGAAUUUAUACAGAUCUUGUACUUUUUGAAAUCUCAGUCCUGAUACUCAUUAGAAAUUUUUUCUUUUUUUUCUUUUUUCUUUUUUUUUUUUUAAUAAAGGCCUUUUUUGCCAAGUGAAUUUUACCGUAAUCUGUGCAAUCUGAAUCUUGGCAAAAGGCGCAAGAAAUAGCGUAAGUCUUCCCAUCUCCUUUGUCCCCCCAAAGCAGACCUUGCCUGAGGGUCUGCUGCAGAUUCCAGCUCCACUCUCAGCCGUGCAAACCUUGCAGAGACUGUACAGGCCACAAGAGUUUUCUGCCUUCCUUCCCAGGGAUUCCUCUGUUUCUGGUGAUGUUGAUGACUUAGUCUGGCUGCAGCCCAUUGUAUUUGAAGGUCAAAACCUUCAUGUGGCUAACAUGGUAUCCAAGAUUCGGUCCUCUGGCACUGACUCUCGCCUUCCUUCGGCACUGGCAGGUUUUGGCUCAGUUCUACCCAGUGUUUUCCUCAGUGUAUCAAGAGGAUUUGCUUUUUCUUCCCAAAUUCUGCUUUAAGUAAUCACAGCCAUAUUGUCAGGACAAUAAUGAUCCCCCCGUGGCAGGGGGGUUGGAACUAGAUGAUCUUUAAGGUCCCUUCUAACCUGAACAAUUCUAUGAUUCUAUAAUUGGAGGCAGCAAGAGAUAUGCCAUGUCGCCUGAUUCAUUAUUUAAAAAAAAAAAAAGGGGGGGGGGAACUCCCUCUCUGAAGAGCACUUCUUUGUACUCUGCCUGAGUGAGGCUUCGAGUUAGAGUGCAAGAGCAGCAGUAGAGAGGUGGAGCAGGAAGGAGUGCUGUAGAAAUACCUGCACUGGGGACAGUUUGAAGUUUAACCUGCUGGGGACAUUUGAGGAGCAUAGGGGAAGCUGUAGUGCAGGGAAAGUGCUUGAAUGGUGGCAGCCACAGUUUCAUAAUUCAUUCUGGCAAAUCUUGGCUUUUGAAGUUAGCAACAAACAUGGAGCUUCCAGCUGUCAGGUGUAUCUCACUCCUAACUGGUUCAUGGGGCAGGUUUGCUUUAGUUGCCCUGUAGGGACAGAUUAAUUUCAGUUGUUCUUCAACAGGGCUGCACCAGGGUCAGUUUGGCUUGAAAUGCAAAUGUGUUGGUGUGGUUGUGGGAUUCCACUCUCAUAUUGGAAAUGGCCAGGCUAUUUCUGUGGGGGUCACCUGUCUCUGGUAGGGAGUGCUCAGCCGUGAACCUGCUCCUUGCCCUGGGGCAUCCAUUCCUGAAGCGAAAAGCACUCCUGGCUCUGUGAGGAGAAUUGCUUGUUGGUUCUGCUCUUACGAAGGCAGUGUUAAUCCUUUUGUAUCACACAGAGUGCAAUUAUUUUAUUCCUCCCCCUUCUCACAUGGCAUCCGUUGCUGGCAACGGACACACAAAAACACUAGCGGCAAGGAGUUAAUCAAAUCUGCCCUUGGGUAUGCAAUGUCUCCUGAAGCACCCAGAAUACUUGGGUGGGUAUUUAGAGUUCCCUUUUUAUAGUUCAUUAAAUUAAAAGAGAACAGACACGGAACAGAUUAUUUUUUUCAUGCUGUGAUGCGAGUAUUGUGAAAUCAGAGGAACAGUAUGUCGUUUAUCAGCCUUGAUGGUCUCAGCCGUGUAGACCCAGGCAAAAUAGUCAGCUGACACUGCACAUGGGGGGAAAAAAAGAGAUGAGAUUUGUAUGUGGGAUAAUGUGGAUAAGCUCUACGGGACCAGAACAAGAAGGUGGGAGUUGGGAUCUUACCAUUUUGGCCCCAGUUCUGACAGGGUCACUAAAUGCAGUGUCUAAAGCUGUGUUGUCCUUGCAGCAUAGCUUAAUUGUGGUGUCGUCCUGCUUCCUGCACCACCUCUGCCUCAUCUGAAACCCUCAGCCUUCACAGAAACAUCCUUAGGAUCCCUGCUUUCUCCUUAGCUGUUAAAAAACUCUAAAAAGGUAAAAGGAGUUAGCCAUGUGGUUUCGUGACUGCCGGCUGCAGCUGAGACUGGGGGAGGAGGGGCUGGUGCACAGUCACAGUCAUGUGUCUUGACUACAGAAGCUCCCCACUAAAUGACAGUGUUUUUUCUCUGUGAUGUAAUGUUUAGGUGCUCAAACUAUGGAGGUGUCAUGGUUUAACCCCAGCCAGUAACUAGGACCAUGCAGCUGCUCGCUCACUCUCCCCUGUUGGGAUGGGGGAGAGAACUGGAAGAGUAAAAGCAGGGAAAAAAAACACAUGGGCUGAGAUAAAGACAGUUUUAAUACGUAGAGCAAAAGUCGUGCACGCAAGCAAAGCAGCACAAGGAAUUCAUUCCCUGCUUCCCAGGGACAGGCAGGUGUUCAUCCAUCUCCAGGAAAGCAGGGCUCCAUCAUGCAUAAUAGUUGCUAGGAAAGACAAACACCAUUACUCUGAAUGUUCCCUUCUUCCUCCUCCUUCCCCCAGCUUUAUAUUGCUAGAGCACGAUGUUACACGGCAUGGAAUAUCCCUUCGGUCAGUUGGGGUCGGCUGUCCCGGCUGUGUCCCCUCCCAGCUUCUUGUGCCCCCCCAUCCUGCUGACUGGCGGGGGGGUGUGAGGAGCAGAAAAGGCCUUGACUACUCAGCAACAAACUAAAACCACCAGUGCGCUAUCAACAAUAUUUCUCAUCCCAAAUGCAAAACAUAGCACUACACCAGCUGCUAGUGAGAAAGCAACUCUAUCCCGGCUGAAACCACGACAGGAGGGGUUUCCCAGCAGCAUCCAGUAUCUUAUUCCAUUAUGCUUAUUGCCUGUGCUAUUGUAACGCCUAUUGUAGUCUGCUUUCCACCGAUGUCUGACAGGUACCACCCGGCUAUUGCACCCUCAUAGAGUGGUAAUUUACACCCGGAAGUGCACUUUACUUGCAGCUUGCACACCAGAAACAGACUGGGACCCCGCAAAUUCUUAAAUCAAUUAAAAUAAUUUUACAAAAUACCAUGUACCUAAUGCAGCAGGAUUAGCCAGACUUCUCCUUUCUGAGCAAUGUGGCUACAGUCAGAGCUUUGUCUUUUCUGCAAAAUCUCCCUUUUUAAUACAUGUGAUGCUUCUUAUAAUGUCUUACAGAAGUGCCCAGAGCAUGUUACCGGGGUCUCAGUGGCAGCUCAGCAAGAGCUUGGGAGCUGGACUGAAGUUGUAGAGACAUUUACAUUAAGAAGAAAAAAACGCACAAGGCCUAACAUUUCUUUGUAUGUGUAUCUUCCUCAGUAGAUUAAAGUUGCCUGUUUUGAGUUCACCAGCAAUAAAAAAAAUCUUGUGAUUUAUCUACCUUGUCCUAACUGCAGCAAGGAGAGAAUGGCCCAUUGCUGCUUUGGUUUUCUGGUGGGUGGUGGGAUAUGGACUCCAGUUAUCCCGAGGUUCCAGUUUUGCCUCCCUUCUCUUGCUUCUCUUUUGUACGGUCCACCCUAAAGGAUCUCAAAGUACAUGAUGAGAUACAGAGUCUGGUGCCCUGCACACAGGAGACAGUUCAAGCGUUACUGUGAUGUCUGUUCAUACUCCAAAGAUCUUGCCAGAGGGAAAUGGGGGAUUUACAGCAGGACCAGACUGCGUUUUGGUCUUCGGUGUUACAAUUGAGAGAAAUGUGUACAUAUGUACAAGGUACUAUUGCGCCUUUGGUCUGACUGCAUUUUGUAAUUAAAGCAGAAUAAUCCAAUCAAGGUUUUGCUUGACUAGUCCUGUGACUAUAAAAGGUAAAAAGACUGCAGGGCUUUAGCUGCCUUGAGAAUUAGGAAGCGGGUGACUGCAGUCCUCCUGAGUUCAAUAGUAUUGCUCUGCUGAUGACUGGUUUUCUGAAACCUGCACAGAAAGAAAGGGGAUUUCUUCGUUCAUGGGAACUUCUGCCCUUUCUGUAUUAUGAAUAAAACAUGAGCCACUGCUCAGAUAUGAACUGAAACCAAAUGUUUUUCUAUUUUAGUUUAUCCUGGGCCGUGAGUACGUGCAAUGUGUCCUGUAUUCAAGGGGCAGGAUUGCAGACCCGAGUCCUUUGCUUCAGUUCUUCUACCUGUAAACUGCAGCUGAACCACGUGAGAAGGAAACUGUUCCUUUUCCCCUUUCUUCCUGUAUAUCAGCAGCUACCGAAUCCCUCUGUGAUCCAUCCCCUGUUGUAGAAGGAAGUCUGUCUUCUGGUGCAGCCCCUGCUAAAUCAGAAGCUGUUCCCACCAUGCAUUCCCUCGCCCAGUUACUUCGGCACCCACUUACCGAGUAGGGUCACAGAGCUGGUGAGACCUCAGGAGUGUUGUCCUUGUUCAGCAAAGGGCCUCCGGUCUUCCCUUACUCCCCUCAGAGUGUCCUGAGCCAUCCCCUGGGGAAGGGACGUUCCCUUCCUUCCACAUCCUGCCCAGAGAAUGGAGCAAGCUCUGCUGCUGCCCAGGGGCCUCUGUGCCACUCAAGGUUUUAAGCUAAUGGAGGUGGUCUCUGCUUGGGCAGGGGAACAUUGAUUUUAAGAGCUGUAAGUCUCUGGGCUUCAGGCUUGUUACUAGCAGGUCACCCACAGGCAUGAUAGUGAAUUUGUAACGCAUGGAAUGGCUUAUUUCUUCUAGGAUGGCAAGGGUUUGCUCCAUCAAGGGUUUGGCCACUUGUUUCGCUGCUUUGGGACCUAGAGGGAAGUCACAGAAGCAGGUGGUGCCCCCAGUACCUGCUCUGCUUUUGGCCCCGUGGCAGCUAGCACAGAUGCCAGAGGAAGAAGUGCUGUCUUGAUGGAAGUCCUCGGGAGGGGCUGGGGAUGCACCGGUUAGUUUGUGUCCAGAGGCACCACUGCUUCAGACAGAAAGCUGCACUUUGCCUCUGAGGUCGUCACUACCUGUGGAAAGGCAAAAGUUGUCUGCUUGCUGCAAAGUAUGAUUGCCUGAACUGACCCUGAAGUAGAAGGGAUGUUCAAAAUCUCUAGUUCUGUUUUUAUCUAGGUGGUAUCUAGGUGACUUACAUCUUUGUGGAAAAAUAUAUCACCUAAAGAUAUGCAAGCUAGUGCUCAUUAAGCCAGUGGAGGUACUAAAAGCCAUACAGUGCCGUGCUCCAUCCUGCUAAGUUAAUCGUGCUGAGAAGCAGAAUACCUUCGCCCACAGAGCGUGCUGCCGUGUGGCUAUACCACUUCCAGCACCUGAAUUAGUACAAACGCCUACUCAGGAAUGCAUUUUGCCUUAUAAAUUACUCUUAAUCCUGUGGGUUCCAGUGGAAAUGUUUGUCAGACUAAAGAGGGAGAAAGACUGAGAUACUGUAUAAGCUUCAUCACUGCUUAUGAUCUCACUUGAGAGCAUUUUGUUUAAAGCUUCAGCUACUUAACUGGGACCUCAGAGACCAAAUGUGGAAGGUGACUUGUCACAGGCAGGUCACCGUCAUCCCGCACCCAUAGACUGCAUUGCACAGGGUGUGCUGUGCAGCUCCAGUGCACGGCCAGGACCAGCUUCCACCAUACGAGGACUGUGAUGAGUAGAGGGGGUGACACGGGCGCUGCUGGUAACAGUGGCAGAACGAGGACUGGUGGUGACAUCUGUGUUUCCAGAUCUUCAAGAGAUGGCCAGGUUGGAAGCAGUUCUUCCAUGUUCUCUGUGUUCGGGACUUCUCGCAGGUCUAAAGCAAUCUGGCAGGUUUUUUUAUUCUGACAGAAGCAGACCAUUUCCUCGACUCCUUAUUCUGCAGUCCGGGCUGCUCACUCCUUUAGUAGCCACUGGAUUUUUCUGAUGUGAAUGGCCUUCAUUAGCGUCUCAGAAAGUAGUGAUUUUUAAAUGGUAAUCCCACAUGCUUGACGUCAGUUUGUAUUUAUGCUUUAGUCAAUUUAGGAGCUAAAGACCCUUAAGUAUCUGGUGAUGCUGUUUGUUUAUACUGUUGUGUGGCAUGCUGUCCUGCUUUGAUGCUAUAACGAAGGAGAAAGAGAAGGAAAUACAAGCAAUUUGUUCUUUAAUAAAAAUAAGUAAACAUAUGCAGUUGAGACAAUAUUUAUUAAAUAUGUGAGCUGAGAUAUGCAUAGUGCUUGUAGGUCUCUGGUCUUUCAAACGUGGGACAUUUUCCAAUGCAAAAUUUGUGUGGUUAAUUCCUUUUGCAACGUAUCUAUAUUGCUGCUUCAGUAUGGUUCUCUAACUAGUAUUUUGGGGAUGAAACUAACAGUAUUUGCCUUUCCGUUUUCGGUGAAGGAUCUCUUAAGUGCUUUUCACAAACCAAUAAAAUAAUUCUCCCUUCACGCCUUGAAGUAGGUCAGGAUUAACCCCAAAUAGCACUCAUCAGGAGCUGAUGGAAAUGUCCUGACAGCUCCCAGCCACUUCAGACCUGGGAAAGGGAGUUUAACA